GUCCUUUCCCGUGCCUACGCCUUCUCCACAGCUAGCCACUGCCUCCCCGCCCUUCCAACAAAGUGUACAUAAGAGACAGCAACUGAACGCCGCCCCACUGGUUUCUUUACUUAAAGACGUCUGGUCAACACGAAACCUGGAAUUCGAGAAGGGAAAAACCAGGAGCUGACAUGGCGUAUCAGACCGAAGUUAUCAUCGAUGCCCAGCCACAACCCACGGGCACCAGCUACACUUUCAGAAGCGAGGAAAACUGGAACUCAGAUCUGUGUGACUGCUUUUCCGACAUGGGCAUUUGUCUCUGUGGGACAUUUGUGCCCUGUGUCCUUGCCUGCCGUGUGGCACAGCAGGCCAAUGAAUGCUGCUGCCUCCCAUACCUGCCUGGCACCCUCAUCGCAAUGCGCACUGGUGUCCGUGAGAAAUACCACAUUCAGGGUUCCAUAUUGAAGGACUGGAUAGUCAUGGCUUGUUGCCCGCUCUGUGGUCUUUGUCAACUUUCACGAGAACUGAACCAGAGGAACUGAGAAGGAAGGGAAAGAGGCCAACCUUUACUCCUGCAAAAGGAAUACCACUCUAAGUGGAUAAAUGGCCAGUUUCCAAACGGGGAGCACAUUCCUGCUGGCGAGAGACCUGCCGUCCUUGCAGGAGGAAGCGUGGAAAGCGCAGGAACCCCUCUGUGGCUAACCAACCUUGAAAUUUGUAUUCUUAAUAAAAUAA